AUGACCCAGAAAAUGAAAAGUAUUGAACAGAGCCUGAAGAAUAUACAGGGGCUAAGUGGCCACAAGAGCGUGUCCUACGCUGACUUGUGCAUGUUUCCUCAUGUGUAUCUUCCUGUAGGUUUCAAAACACCAAAGUUCGAAAAAUACGACGGGCAUGGAGACCCGAUUGCUCAUUUGAAAAGAUACUGCAAUCAAUUAAGAGGGGCAGGAAGAAAAGAAGAACUAUUAAUGGCAUAUUUCGGAGAAAGUCUUGCCGGGAUCGCAUCAGAAUGGUAUAUAGACCAAGAUAUUUCCCGCUGGCAUAUUUGGGAUGAUCUGGCCCGGGACUUCGUGAAACAAUUUCAGUACAAUGUGGACAUAGCACCGGACAGAAACUCGUUAUCCAAUCUCAAGAAGAAAGUCUCCGAAAGUUUUCGAGAAUACGCUAUCAAAUGGCGUGAACAGGCAUCCCGGGUAAAACCACCUAUGGAUGAGAACGAAAUGGUCAGUGUUUUCUUGCAGGCUCCGGAAGCCGAUUAUUUUUCAAAUAUGAUGUCUGCCAUGGGCAAACCGUUCGCGGAGGCCCUCAAAAUUGGUGAAAUGGUAGAAAAUGGCCUGAAAACAAGCCGUAUCUUGAGUCAAUCAGCUCUAAGAGCCACCUCUCAAGCCAUCCAGAGCGGCUCGGGAGGUUUAGCAGGAAGGAAAAAGAAAGAUGAGGGAGCUAUGAUGACUUCAGACUUAAAAAAUUCACGGCAAUUUCAGGGUUAUGCUCGCCCCAAAAUUCCACAUCAUUAUUAUCCUCAUCAAGAUAUAGCAUAUGCUGUGCCUCACCACCCUUUUGCAGUGAUGAAUGCCCAACCAUAUCCUCGGCCGCAACAACAACAAUAUAAUCAAAAUCGAGCUCCACCUCCCAGAAACAACCUUCCUCACCAAGCUCCAUAUAAUCCCCGACCUCCUCAGAAUAACUACCAAAACAAUAACUGUCUUCGUGAGCCACCCAGGAAAACCAACUUCACACCCAUUGGAGAAUCUUACUCCAGCCUUUUUCCAAAAUUGGUUCAGAUGGGUCUUUUGCAACCGGUACCUCCAAACAGGCAGAAUCCCGAUUCUCCAUCAUACCGGCCAGGUACAAGAUGUGCCUACCAUUCUGGGGCAGAAGGGCAUGAUACUGAGGACUGCUGGACACUGAAAAGAGCAGUAGAAAGCUUGAUUGAGCAGAAAAAAGUGGUGUUAAGGGACGAGGAAGUCCCCAAUGUAACGAACAAUCCAUUGCCAGCCCAUAACAACGGGCCCGUAAUCGGGAUGAUUUGUGAAGACAAAGAAUUUGAUCCCGCAUUAAAAGCCAUCAUUUCCAUCGCAGAUGCAGGAAAGAAACCUAAAGCUACAACCAAAGCAGUCAGCAAGGAGGAAGAAUAA